AUGGCUCAUAAGGAGGAUGAAGACUCAUUUCGAGAAGACGACGUAUACAUCAAUCCAGAAGAUGGAAUGCCUAACGUACAUCCUAAUAUUGCUAAUUUAGAACAAGAGAGCGAUGUGCAGGAUGAAGUUGACAAUUUCGAUGACUUGCCAAAGUCUGUUAUUGUAACAAACAUACACAGUGAUGUUUUUGCUGAUGAAAAGUUGAAGAAAGGAAUGGAAGAUUUAUUCCGCACAUUUUCUGAUAAUAUAACGUUCCAGUGGCUACGCAGUUUUAAGCGUUUACGUGUAAACUAUGACAGUCCAUUGGCUGCUGCUAAUGCUCGAGUGCAAUUGCAUCAAUAUCAGUUUCAUAAUUCGCCGAUCAAUUGUUACUUCGCGCAACCUGUGACGCCUGUUUCAAUAAAGAAUCUGAGACCUCCAGCUCCUGUAAAACAAUUUCUGAUCUCCCCUCCAUCUAGUCCUCCAGUGGGUUGGGAGCCACGUGAAGAAAAUGAGCCAUUGGUAAAUCAUGAUUUACUGGCAGCAUUAGCCAGCCUAGCUCCUGGUGAGAGUCAUGAACUGCAUGCACCUACACCUACACAACCUGCUAUCAUUGUGCACACUGCUGUGACAUCAGAGCAGACCCCGGUUGUAGCAAAGAUACCUCAUACUCGUUGUCCGGAUUAUUGA